UCAAGUUUUUAAUAUACACCUAUUUGUAAAGUCAUCAGAAUUGUGUGGAUUAUUAAAAAUCAUCUAAUUUGGAAAAUAAUUUAUAUAAAUUAUUGUAAAUUUUUGUAAACAGGUCUUCAGUAAGUAAAGCAAUUCCAUAUAGAGUGUGAUUCUUUUAGUCAAGGCAGUUUUUUCUAUUUUAUAUUAAAAUUUCAUACAUUUAUAUAAUAUGUAAAUAUGGCUUAUUAUUGGAAUGUUAAAUAAAGUGUAUACUUCACAGUAGUUUGUGUCUGUUAGAUUUUUGAGAGGGGAAUUUCUGUUUUAAUAAUUUUACAUACUAGUAGGCAUUAGUCCCAUUUUCUUUCUCUAGUUAAAAGUAUUAGACCAAUCUUAAAAUGAGGAUGAUUGAACUGUUACUUUUUUUAAGUUGCUAUUUUAUAAUUUAUGCACUUUGCUUCUGUGAUUAAUUUUGUUUUGUUUUAGGGGGGCGGUGGCUGUUACUAUGUUGAAAUUAUGGGCAUGUAAUUUUGCCACUUUUUUGUAGUUGAACAAAUUUUGUGUAUUCUACCUCAAAUGAGUAAUUUUUCAAGUAAUGCAUUGGUUAAAUGUAAUGUUGGCAUUUCUUGUUCAGCAAGCUUAAAGGCUACUUAUCUUUAAAGUCUCUUAAUUAUUCAGAGACUAAUUAUCCAGGUUAGAUUGACCGGUUCACUGCUCACUAGCAACCUCUGAAAGGGGUUAGAGAAGGAAGGGAAAUGUAAACCAAAUCUGUUUCAUGAAUAUUUGGUGCACUUUGUGCCUAACGUUGAGAGAUUGAGAAGUCUGAACAAAUUUUAUAAAUUUUAUAAAUAUAUCUUUGAAGGAGCUUGCUACUGAAUCACAGAAAUCCCUUAAUAUUCAGGUUUUAAAACUGACAAAUUCUCAUAGGACCUCAGGCACAGACUAUUGGAUGGAAAAGUGUGUGAGUAGAUGUGGAAAAAGGAAAAGAAAAAAUAAUCAACACUGUUCUCUGCAGUAUGACUGUGCAAUUAAGUGGUGAUACUUGGUGUAGUCGAUAAAAUUCAUCAAUAAAUAAGUGUGGUCAAAUAAUUUAUAACAGGUAAUUGAUAGUGUGUAAUGAAUGGAACAUUAAGAAUUGAUUAUCUAGAAACACUGCUUUUGUUUGCUAAACUUGUAAUGUUUCAGUGUGAAGCACAAGCAGUGUACUUUCUACAUUAGUUUUCUACCAGAUAACUAUGAAUAAUGAUGGGAAAGUGAUGAAAAUGCCUACGCCAAGUAUUGAGAGUGUGAAAGUAGCAGUACGAGUGCGGCCUUUUAGUCAGCGAGAGAAGAAUUCUGGGAGCAAAUGUGUGAUUUCCAUGCAUUCAAGGACCACCACCACUAUACAAGACCCUAAGAAUCCAGAACAUAUGAAGACAUUUACAUUUGACCUGGCAUAUUGGUCUCACGACGGAUUUCAAGUGGAUCAAGAUGGUGUGUUUAUUUCCGCUGAUCCUAAUAGUAUAUUUGCAAGCCAGAGAGAUGUUUUCCACGAUCUUGGCCGGGGGAUUCUGGACAGUGCCUGGCAAGGCUACAAUGCCACGCUCCUGGCCUACGGCCAAACUGGCUCUGGAAAAAGCUAUUCCAUGAUCGGGUUUGGUGCAAACAAGGGGAUCAUUCCCAAUGUGUGCGAAGAGCUCUUUCAAGCAGUUGAGAACCGGGAGAGAAAUCAAGAAUACCAGGUUACAUUCAGUAUGCUGGAAAUUUACAACGAACAGGUAAGAGAUUUGCUGUCUAGAACCAAGAAGCCGGGAGGGCUAAAAGUAAGGGAAGAUCAACAGCUGGGCUUUUAUGUGGAGGGUCUGAAGUCAGUGCCUUGUGAGAACUAUGCACAAAUUGAAAGGCUGAUGGAACAAGGGACUAAAAUAAGGACCACAGCUUCGACCAACAUGAACGUCAGCAGCAGCCGCUCUCAUAUGGUCAUCACCAUUCAGUUCAAGCAGGUUUUCCUAGACAGAGACCUCACCAAACAAUCCAGUAUUAAUCUAGUGGAUUUAGCAGGAAGUGAAAGGCAGAAAUCUUCAGGAUCCGAAGGAGACAGACUGAAGGAAGGAUCUCGAGUUAACUUAAGUUUGACCAAUUUAGGAAAUGUUAUCAGUGCUCUGGCUGAUGCAGCCGUGGGGAUGAAAGUCUUGCACAUUCCCUAUAGAGAUUCUGUUCUGACCAAACUGCUCCAGUCGGCUCUGGGAGGGAACAGCAGAACCGCUUUGAUAGCAGCCAUAAGCCCAGCUGACAUCUGCUAUGAGGAGACACUGUCAACAUUAAGAUAUGCUGAAAGGGCUAAAAAGAUCCGGAACAAAGCUGUGGUCAACACCUCGACGCCGAUGAGAGAGUCGAGGGCAGAGAACAGUAAACUGCUGCUCAGCUGCGGAAACUCCAGAAUUACAGAGCAGCCAGCCUAUUCGCUGGCAGAACACGGGCUCGGGCCUCGUGCUCAGCAGCUGACCUGGGCGCACCUGCUGGCGCAGGCCCGGAAGGAAUGGCAGCAGCAAUACGCGGCCGUUGCCCAGGAGCGACAGAUGGUGAAGACCUCCCCUCAUCUCCUCAACGUCAAUGAGGACCCACAGCUCACUGGGGUCCUCAAGUACUUCAUUCAGGCUGGUUCAUGUGACGCUGGUCAGUCUGCUUCAAAUGCCAUCACCCUUCAAGGUCUGGGAAUUUCCGAUAAACACGCUUCCUUCACUAAUUUGGAUGGUCAGGUGGCAGUCACGCCACACAGCAAGUGCAAGGUUGUGGUUAACGGCGUGCCCAUCACCACCAAGACGAGGCUGCAGCAUUUGGACCGCAUUAUUUUGGGAUCCAACAGCGCCUACCUCUACAUCGGGUUUCCUUCAGAGCGAGGCAAUGAGGACUUGGGCAGGUUUGAUUAUGACUUUUUCCAGCUGGAGAGAGCAGCUGCGGAGGGAGUGAGUGUGGACAAGCUCGGUGCUGGAAACAGCGGAGAUGGGAAAGCAGACCCCAGUGUCCUGGCUGUGUUCCAGGACUACAUCAAACUGAUGCCACUGGUGGCAGAAGCAAAUCAAAUGAGUGAAGAGCUGAAGAAGGAGCUUAAAAUGGAAUUGAAAGUGAAGAAUUUAGCAUCGUCAGACUCCAGAGGCUAUGACCUCCAAAAAGAGGUCAUGGUGAAGGUGACCAACCAAAGGACUCACGAGGUGUGGAUGUGGUCAAAAGCCAAGUUUAUCAAUAGGAAAUUCCUAAUGGAGGAACUUUACCAGCGCUUCCUAGAUGGAGAGGACAGGCACGUGGCUCAGGAAGACGACCCCUUCUGGGAUCCCGCGGAGGCCGUCCACCUGGGCUCUGCUCACAUCUGGCUGCAGUCGCUUGCUUACUGCAUGGAGUUGGAGGAACAGGUGGAGUUUCUGAACUGCGAUGGGCUGGAGGAGGCAGUGCUGCACGUGCACGUGACGCCCUGCUCCCCGGCAGGACAAGCAUGUGGUGAGGAAGACGUGGUUACUGACCCUUGGGAGCUGCUCGGCAAGAGGAUGGAUUUCCAGAUUCACAUUGUGCGGUGCCUUGGCGCCCAGUGGCUAAAGGAAGACGCAGAGCGGGGCAUCCAGAUGGGGUACAGAAUUUACGAUCUUCCACACACUUUAUAUACCAAGCCUGUAUGGAAAGUCGUGAAUCCCCAAAUCGAUGAGUCUGUUCAAUUUACAGCCCUAAAUGCGUCCCAGGACUUUCUGAAUUAUUUACAGACAAACGCUCUCAUUGUUGACUUAUGGGGUCUUCAAGAAGGCUGUACCGCCCUGAGCUGCUCUCAGCCGGGCCUCAUGGUCACAGGUGAAGGCCACAUCCUGGUGGACACCAAGAAAACUGCCAUUGUGAUGGAUACAGGCCAGACGACACCAACACAGACAUCAGAGCUUUAUCUGAAGCUGCUCAAGUUAGAGCGGGAGACGGAGCUGCUCAGAAACAUUAACCGAGCCCUCAGAGAGGAAAAUGUGUUUCUCAGAGAAUCACUUGAGAAAACUGGUCCUAGUCAACAAGCACACAAGCCUCCUGAUACCCAGAAGAUACCUGGGAUGGCCACAGACAGAGAGAUGAAUCUAACGUGCCCUCAGCGAGCCAGCUAUGACGGAGAAUUUGCCAAAGCUCUGAAAGUGUUCUACCAAAGCAUGAACGUGGCCAGAGGGCAGUUCCUCAAACUGAGACACUAUAAGCCUCCUGAAGACGAUCAUAUGCUUCGACCAUUUGUACACCAACAGUCACAAAUGUUAAGGGACUUUGGAGACCUACUGGAAUCCAGCUUGUGGAAAUUGAAAAAUGAUGUAGCUCUUAUAGUGAAGAAGAAGAGAGGAUGUUUAUUGCACAGCGAAUAGUGAGGGUAUACCAACUGAAAACACUGAGCUUUGAGUCAUGACGAUUACCUGGGCCGCUAAUGAGAGUAAUGAACUUGGCUGUCAGAACUGAGCUGUGGACUCAGCCCAUUUCCUCUACUCAGUCUAUUUCCUCUACCAUUUUUAAACAAAUGUAAAAAUGAAUCCAUAUCCAGGAUGAAGGUGACGUGGGAGGUAUCUGAGGUGAACGGCUAGCACUCUGAGCUCUGGGUUCGGACUGCCUGGGGUUAAAUCCUGAUUAAAUCCAUCACUUCUGAACUCUGCAGUUUGAAACAAAUGACUUCCCCUCUCUAAGCUUCUCUUUCCUUAUCUGUUAUCUGGGAAUGGGAACAGUACUUACUGCAGAUGGAUAAGGAAUAUAAAGUAAUAUAAAGCCCUCAGAAC